GUGCAGGCGGGAGCCAGCGUGCAGAGCAGCGGCCGGUCCCGCUCCCGCCUCGGAGCCCCUGGCCCGGGGGAGGGGGAGAGGCCGCUACCCGGUUUAUGUCUUUUUCUGACUCCAGUGCAACCUUCCUGCUGAACGAGGGUUCAGCUGACUCCUAUACCAGCCGUCCAUCUCUGGAUUCGGACGUCUCCCUGGAGGAGGACCGGGAGAGUGCCCGGCGCGAGGUGGAGAGCCAGGCUCAGCAGCAGCUGGAAAGGGCCAAGCACAAACCGGUGGCGUUUGCUGUGAGGACCAAUGUCAGCUACUGCGGCGUGCUGGACGAGGAGUGCCCAGUCCAGGGCUCAGGAAUCAACUUUGAGGCCAAAGACUUUCUGCAUAUUAAAGAGAAGUACAGCAAUGACUGGUGGAUCGGGCGGUUAGUCAAAGAGGGCGGGGACAUUGCCUUCAUCCCCAGCCCCCAGCGCCUGGAGAGCAUCCGGCUGAAACAGGAGCAGAAAGCCAGGAGAUCUGGAAACCCUUCUAGCCUGAGUGACAUUGGCAACCGACGCUCCCCUCCUCCAUCUCUAGGUAGCCGCCCCCCACCCCACCUGUCUUGGGCGGAACACGUUCCCCCGUAUGAUGUGGUGCCCUCCAUGCGGCCUGUGGUGCUGGUGGGGCCCUCCCUGAAAGGCUACGAGGUCACAGACAUGAUGCAAAAGGCCCUCUUCGACUUCCUCAAACAUAGGUUCGAUGGCAGGAUCUCCAUCACCCGUGUCACCGCCGACCUCUCCCUGGCCAAGCGAUCCGUGCUCAACAAUCCUGGCAAGAGGACCAUCAUUGAGCGCUCCUCUGCCCGCUCCAGCAUUGCCGAAGUACAGAGUGAAAUUGAGCGCAUUUUCGAGCUGGCCAAAUCCCUGCAGCUAGUGGUGCUGGAUGCCGACACCAUCAACCACCCUGCACAGCUGGCCAAGACCUCGCUGGCUCCCAUCAUCGUCUUUGUCAAAGUCUCUUCACCGAAGGUCCUCCAACGUCUCAUCCGCUCCCGGGGAAAGUCACAGAUGAAGCACCUGACGGUACAAAUGAUGGCGUAUGACAAGCUGGUGCAGUGUCCACCAGAGUCAUUUGAUGUGAUCCUGGAUGAGAACCAGCUGGAAGAUGCCUGCGAACACUUGGCCGAGUACCUUGAGGUGUACUGGCGGGCCACCCACCACCCCGCCCCCGGGCCUGGGCUCCUGGGCCCCCCCAGUGCCAUCCCUGGACUCCAGAGCCAGCAGCUGCUGGGGGAGCGUGGCGAAGAGCACUCACCCCUGGAGCGGGACAGCCUGAUGCCCUCAGAUGAGGCCUGGACGGGGUCCUCCCAGCGAAGCUCACGCCACCUGGAGGAGGACUAUGCGGACGCCUACCAGGACCUGUACCAGCCUCACCGACAACACACCUCGGGGCUGCCCAGUGCUAACGGGCACGACCCCCAAGACCGGCUCCUCGCCCAGGACUCGGAGCACAACCACAAUGACCGGAACUGGCAGCGCAACCGGCCUUGGCCCAAGGAUAGCUACUGACAGCCUCUUGCCUCUCCCACCCUGGCAGGCACAGGCACAACUGGCUGGGGCGCCCUAUUCCAAGCAGGCCGGAGUUAGACUGGCAUUAGGCUGGCACUAGGCUCAGCCCCCACAACCCCCUGCCCGGCCCCAGCUCCCAGGGUUCUGGGAGAAGCAGGGGUCCCUCUCCCUCCUGGGCACAGUGACCACCCCCCCACACCUCGCCCCAGGCUCCCAUUCCAGGUACUAGCUGUGUGUGCUGCACCCCUGGCACCCUCCUCUCCUGCACAAGUUGCCCCUCUGGGCAGCACCCUUAGGCCAGGAUCUCCUUAGCAGGGGCCUUCCCACCUCUCAGGGAAGGGAGCCGCCUCAGAGCGACAAGAGGCUGGGGUGUGGGCACCACGGCACGAGGACACAAGGUUCCUGAGCAGGCACAAGUCCUAACAGUCAAGGGACUCGGGGGUCCGAAGGCCUCCACUCUCACCUCACUGCCCAACACAAGACAUGAGACAAUCAGAGCCAGAAAGGUGGCACUCCCGUCAGCUGGGGCCGGGGGCGUCCACGUCUGAGACUGGAGCAGCAGGCAGGCUAGGCUGGGGCCUGAAAGACCUCACAGCAGACGCACUUGGAGGAAAGGCCUCUCCCCACCCUACCUGGAAGCUUCUUGACACCCGUCAGGACCAGGGACCAGGAGCGUGGUCCGGCCGAGAGCAGACAGGGGCCGGCCUGGACUGGACUGCGGCUUGCGGAGGGCGGGCAGGCAGGCUUGGGUAGCAGAAGACGUUAACAACAGCUUUGGGGGCCUCCCUCCCAUCCUCAUUCCUUCGCCUUUGCAUCCAUCAUUUCUGUCCUCGCCUUUCAUGGCUCCUGGAAGACUGGGGCUCCAGGCUUUUAUCCCUGACUCAAAGCUGCUGCUUGCUAGGUUAGGGCUGAGUAGGGAGCGAUGGGGACGCAGUGGACAGUCCCCCGAGGCCCUGUCUACCCCUAUCCUUGCCUUCUGGCUCUUGUGUGCGACCUUCAGAGCAUGCUCCAUGAGACCCUGCCCAACCUCACUGUCAUCACGAAUAAAACACCAUGCA